AAAAGCUGGCUGGCGUCUGGGUCUUGGAGCAGCUUUGCAGAGCGGGCUUAUUUCGAGAACUCAGCUGCGUUCAAGUGAGCUGGGCGAAUGCCAGCCAUGGCGAGCGGGUUGCAAGUUCGCGGGGCUUGGGGGCUUCUCGCCUUUUGCUGCUUCUGCUCCGCGGUCUCCUUUGUGUUGCGGAGUGAGAACGAGCGGCCGAUUAUUGGAAUAUUAGCUCAGGAAACUUUUGAACAUUUUCAGAAGUUUGGAAGUUCUUAUAUUGCUGCUUCUUAUGUGAAAUUCAUCGAAUCAGCUGGAGCAAGAGUAGUACCAGUAAGAUUGAAUCGUUCCAAUGAAGAGUAUGAUGAGAUAUUCCGUUCUAUAAAUGGAAUACUUUUUCCUGGAGGUGGUGUUGAUCUUGAAACUUCUGAAUUUUCCAGAGUGGCUAAAAUAUUCUAUACAAAAGCACUAGAGGCCAAUGAUAGAGAAGAUUAUUUUCCCAUAUGGGGGACGUGCCUGGGACACCAGUUGCUCACCUAUCUCACGAGUGGAGAAAACUUGCUCAUUCGGACAAAUACAGAUGGCUUCACAAUGCCACUGAAUUUUACUCAAGCUUCAAACCACAGUAAGAUGUUCCAGGAUUUUCCUGAAGAGAUAUACGAACUGUUAGCUUCAGAGCCUGUCUCUUCACACUUUCAUUUCUGGAGCCUAUCCAUGCAGAAUUACACAAAAAAUGAGAAACUGCGCAACUUUUAUAAAAUCUUAACAACUAAUUUUCAUAAUGUGGAGUUCAUAUCCACCAUGGAAGCUUACAAGUACCCUAUUUAUGGUGUCCAGUGGCAUCCAGAAAAAAAUCCAUUUGAAUGGAAAAAUUCAACUGGCAUUCCACAUUCCUCAGCAUCUAUAAAAGUAACAUUUUUCCUAGCUAACUUCCUUGUCAAUGAAGCCCGGAAGAGCAACCACCAUUUUUCCAGCAAAAAGGCUGAGACUGAUGCACUGAUUUAUAAUUUUAAUCCUGUCUACACUGGGAUCUUUUCAUCUUUUGACCAAACGUACUUUUUUGAUUAAAUUUCCAGCCUGAAGAAGAACAUAAGUAAAUUUUAAAAUGAUUUGAUCUUUUGUUUAAAUUGAUACAGUGUAUUGCACUGUAAGGCCAAACAUUUAGAUUAAUCAUAGCUCUUUGUAGAAUUUAUCCUUUCCAUUCCUUUCUGUAGAAUCACUCUUUAUGUUCCAAAGUGGUGAAUUUGGGAAAAGCUUCUGCAGCAGCUUGAGACUAAAAGGCUUGUUGUGAAAGCCCUGAAUUCCAUUAGAACCUUGUGUAGGAAUAGUUUUAAGUGUCCCCAAUAACUGUUCAAUUGAAGCACAAAGGAUAUGACCCCCUUAUGGGUUCAAUAAGUAGGAAUGGAGCAGCACUUGUUAGUUUGGGGCUUACAGUAAAUCACACAGGAUUUGACUUACCAUUUCGUAUUAUUACGGGGUUGGCAAAGAAGGGACAAGUUCUGCAGAAGUAUUUGCCUAACCCUCAGUAAAACUCACAUUGUUCUGGUCUUUAUCGUAUCUGGAGUUGGUAAACAUUCUAGCAUUAUAUGUAGUUUAUGUUUGCAUUAAUUGCACAUAUUUCAUUUGAUAAAUUGCACUUAACUAUUUGUGAUCAUUUAAAACUCUUAUUUAAUGGGAAAAGUUGAAGAGAAUGGCUUUAGUGUGAAUGGGAGUGAUGACUUUUCCUCUUUGAUCAAAGAACUACUGCUAUAGUUAUUUCUCUCCAUUAAGGAACAGUGUGAUAUAAAAAUUCUCAGGUAACCCAUUUUUUAAUAAAGGACAACAUUUCUUCUUGGGCACACAAAGGAAACAGUUUUCCACAUUCUGAGCCUCCUACUGGAAUGCCUUUUUAAUUUCAAAUCUUCAACCUGCCAAUUGCUCUCAAGUCCCUUCCUUUUCUUAUAUCUCCAUGUAUCCUAGCAUACUGUUUUAGUGUUUAGAGUAGACAUCAUCAUCCACCCAAACAAUGUUGUAUUUUUUAAUCCCUUUUUUGAGAUUCCCUUCUUUUAUACCUCUUUCUUGGAAAUAGCACUUUAUAGCACUAGGCAUAGCAUACCUAUAGCAAUAGUUAUAGCACUUUAAAAAUGAUUUUGCUCUUUUUUUAAAAGAAACUAUUUCCACAAAAUCACUGAUAUAUCUUCUACAAGGUUUAUUAUUAUGAUACAAAUAGAUGAUUCUGAGCCUCAUUAGUUUUCUCUCCCCUACAUUGUUAAUCACUUUCUUUGCUUUCUACUUGUAAUCACUUCCUGUGUGGUCCAAUCACUUUAAACUGAUUGGAUUUGUAUCCAUCAGUCUGUGAAGAUAACUGAUACUAAGUACACCCAUUGUUUCCAAAACCAUCAUAUAUGACUCUUCUAGGGAUCAUAAAAACUGAAGCCCUGGUAUAUCUGAGAGGCAUCUUCUUAUGGAAGCUUUAGUUAAACCUUGCUUUUGGGACUUCAGGCAGCACUUUCCCUUAUGUUCAGCCAGCUGGUAACCUCAUGAGUCAUUUGAAUGGACAGGACCAAUAUUUUCAGAUGCAUUUUUUGUAUUUGAGGAUACUUAUAGAUACCAUUCUACUCCUAAAACUCAUCCACGAUGGGAAAAAAGCACUCCAUUUGCCUUUCAGCUGCAUCCCAGCCCUCUCAAAAUAGAAACUCAAUAUUUCAGGUUGACCCAACCUGAAAGCCAUAAAGUGGUUGCUUGAAAGUGACUUUCAUUCCAUUCCAGGAUUCUAUCAAUUAAUAUCAUUCGUCCAGAUAAAUGGUGCUUGGGGUUUUCUACUUUAAAUACUGUUUCUACAAAAAUUUGAAGCUCAGAGAAUCCUUCUAAGAUGUCGUUUUAUUUUAAGAUAGACUAGAUUUUUCCCCAUAAAAGGUUUUGGCUUUAUUUACAAUUAAUGCAGUUAAGAUCUGUGGUUUUCUAAGAUUUGUCAUAACUGUUUAAUAACUAAGGUGCUAAAUAUGCUUAAGGGUAGUCUAUAUUACCCUAAAUACUGAAAUAAAACAUUCCAAUUUACUAAAUAUUAACAGGGUUUUCAUAUAGUACAACAAACAUGCAAAUUUGGAAAACUAGAUCUGCAUUUUGAUAUAUAAAGUAUUUGUGACUGAAAUUCUUUUCUUGGGUAAAAUAUUAUGCUGAUAUCAUAAAUACAUGGGUGUCUGCCAGUGUAGCCUUUAGGGGGGAAAAAAACCUCAUAGAUUUUUCCCCGUAGUUUUCUUUACUUAAGUGAAUAUAAAAACCUUUCAUGUUGAUGAUGCUAUUAAUGUGAGUUCAAGAUCAGGCUUUUUCAAAAAUAUGUAGGAUUAUUUUUUGUCUUUUUAUAAUUGCACUUUUUGUAUAGGCAUUUCAGUAAUAUAUUGUAAUAAGCCAAAGUAUCCAUACCAUAGCGUAUGGACCAGGCAUGAUCCACUAACUGCUUUUAUUUGUUUUCUUGUUGUUUUGCAGUCUGAUUAUAGUGAUUACACAAAAUUGAUGAGGUCUUCUAAAACAGGGAUCUUAAACCUUGGCAACUUUAAGACUUGUGGACUUCAACUCCCAGAAUUCCUCAGCCAGCUUUGCUAGGAGUUGAAGUCCACAAGUCUUAAAGUUGCCAAGGUUGGAGACCCCUGUUCUAAAUGUGAAAUAAAGGUUAAUAUGUUAAGUUUUAGAAUGGUCUUUAAAAAAAUUGCAGUUCACCUUUAUCCCCCCCUCCCCCCUCCCCAAAAAACUGGGAUAAACCAAUAAUAUUAUUGUGGUCCUUUGGGCUGAUAAAAAAAACUUGGUCCCUCUAUGCUGAGACCAAACCUGAAUGACUAAGUGACAGAAAGUAAAUGUGAAUUUAUUUUAAGUCUUAUAUAGUUUAAUUUAAUACAGUUAUUCAAUUUUAUUCUUUCACCAUAUAUUUGACUUUGAGCAUAUGGCCUUGUAUUCUCUGCUGAAAUAUGUUUAUUGCUGUAUAAUAAAGGAAAUGCAACUUAAUAGUGCUUUUAAGAAUGAAAUGUGUACAUUUUUUUUCCUACUCUACCUUCUAGGCAUGUCUCCAUGCUAAGUACCCUUGCUACUCCAUAUGGAUGAUUUUUUUAAAAAGGGGGAGAAGAAAAUAUAGCUAAUUCAAAAAUAAGUACCAUUUAAAAAAUGGCACUUAUAGCUUUCUUUUGAAAGCUGAUGCUUUUUAAAAACAGGUACAUCCUUUCAGCUCUUGUUAUUAGAUCUAUAAAGAGAAUGUUAAGUUUCUUUGAAGGGAAAUGAUAGGUUUCAACUGUCAAAUGAUUGAAAGGCUCCGAGAGAUCAGGAUUUUUCACUAACCAUAAAAUGUAAAUCACCUAACUAAGCAAUGAGGCUCAAUUUUUUUUCUUGUUUGCUUAUUGGGUUAGAAUAUCUGCCUUUAUUAUUACCCUAAGAAUGUCACAUCUAAAACUAUCGUACUGAGGUUUGUGUUUACUGUACACAUCUAAUAAGGAGUAAAUGUUGGAAGACAACUUCCCUUCCCAUAUUGGCUGUGGCUGAUGGGAGUUUUAACCCAGCCAGCUGGACAUCACCAAAUUAUUAGCACCUCUCUGAAAGAGAGCUAGGCCAGAAGGUGUUUGUAAAAACAUGAUUGGAUUUAUCUGAAAAUCUGCUUCAAUUAAGGACUGAAUUAUAGAGUUUUUCUGUCCUGUGUGACCUUCACUGACUCCAUACAAGCUGUAUCAUUUUAUGAACAAUAGCUGAUAAAUUCUUUUUCUUUAAUGUAUUGUAACAUGUUUGGCACUAGGGGGCCUGCAUAACCCAUGUUGUUUGAUUUGUAUUGGAUGUGCAACCAAAGUCUGGAGCCUUUAGUCAAGGUUUGUAUCAAACAAAACUUCCUCAAGAUGCUCAAUCAAUCUGUAUGAACAAGUAAGAAAGCAUAAUAUAUACAGAUAUGCGAAUUACUCAGAUCUAAAUGUUAGGUAUGCAUCUAAAUCCCCUGCAUGCUUACUCCAGAAUAAUUUGGUGCAAUUGGGACCAAAUUAUUGGGACUUGAUCUCAGAUAAAUCUUCAUUAAAAAUUAUACUGUUUAACAAAUCUUGUGGUUAUGGAUCAUGGAAGAGAAAUAUUAGGACAAGUUUACUAAAAUAAGUAACCAUGACGAUGCAUCGGUGACUGAUGACUAGUUAAGUCAAGUGGGAAAGUAAACAAAGGCAAUACUGUGAUUUCCUUAAUUCUAAAAUCUGUAAAUAUGUGGAGGAGCUGCUAUGAUGAGUUAAUGUAGCAGCGAAUAAUACGUACUUUCCCAUAGGAGCAUUGACGGAAGUGGUCAAAAACUUCAAGAACGCAUUUUAAGCCGCCCUGAGUCUCUGGAGAAGGGCGGCAUAUAAAUCAAAUUAAAAAAAAAAUGCCUACAUGCUUGUAGCCCUGGCCCAUUUUUUAACAUGUGAGGUAAGAGUUUUAAUCAUAUAGUCACAAUCAACUUUUGACACUCGCCCCUCCCCCCCAACAACAGACACCUCUGUAUUAGAAUUGCAUUUGAUUGCAAAAUAAGAUCGUCAGACUUUUUUGGUUGUAGACUAUCUCAUAACUACCUUUGUAAGCAAACUGCAUAUUUUGUAUUUAAAUAUUACCAUAAUAAAUAUGUAUAUCUGGUACAUCACUGAAUAGAAAUGGUUUUUAUGUUGAAUUUAUUGUUUAUGUAAAUAAAGCUGCUGUUUAAUUUCAAAUACC